GAUUCAAGUGUAUCGGAUGAGGAUAGAGAAAUCAAAUUUAAAUCUCCUGAAUUAUCAUUUAUAUACGCCUGCGCAGUUGGUAACUUAAUGACGGUCAAGAAACUUGUACAAGGAAAGUCUGAACUUGUAAACUACAGCACACCACUUAAUCAUCGAUAUACUGGCUUACAUUAUGCGGCAAAAGGAGGCCAUCUGAAUGUUGCUCGUUUUUUAUUGCGAGAAGGUGCUAAAGUUAACGUUCAAACUGGGGUAAGUGUUUGGAGUGGUAAUGAUGGUAAAUGUAUCUAA